GUGGCUCUGCACCAAUCGGAAGCGGUCCAGUCAGUGCAUCGCCUCCCUGGAGCUUGCUGUGCAUGAUUUGGCUUCCUAGGCAGGACAGCGAUUGCAGGAAAAGGGCAGUGGAGCCGCGCGAUGGAGGUCUCCGAGAACGCCACAAUGCGCGGCUCGCUGGCCCUAGUGUCUAUCAUCCUCCCCGUGCACAACGCUGAGCAGUGGUUGGAUGAGUGUUUGAUGUCUGUUUUGCAGCAAGACUUUGAAGGCGCCAUGGAGCUCUCUGUUUUUAACGAUGCCAGCAAGGACAAGUCUAGGGCCAUCAUUGAAAAAUGGAAGGUGAAACUGGAAAAUUCUGGCAUCUCUGUAGUCAUCGGAGGCCAUGACUCUCCUUCUCCCAGAGGAGUUGGAUAUUCUAAAAACCAAGCUGUCGCACAGAGCACAGGGUCUUACCUUUGCUUUUUGGAUUCAGAUGAUGUCAUGAUGCCGCAGAGAGUGAGGAUGCAGUACGAAGCGGCCGUUCAGCACCCAACGAGUAUCAUAGGAUGCCAAGUGAGGAGAGAUCCCCCAGACUCUACAGAGCGAUACACACGUUGGAUCAACCAGUUGACGUCUGAUCAGCUGCUGACACAGGUGUUCACCUCCCAUGGCCCCACGGUGAUCAUGCCUACCUGGUUCUGCUCUCGAGCCUGGUUCUCCCACGUGGGCCCAUUUGAUGAAGGAGGCCAGGGUGUUCCAGAGGAUCUGCUGUUCUUCUAUGAGCACCUCAGGAAGGGCGGUGGCGUCUUCCGGGUGGACCACAGCCUGCUACUCUACCGAUACCACCUAUAUGCAGCCACACAUUCGGUCCUUGAGAUGACCAUCUGGACGCACCGUGUCCACUUCCUAGAGGAACAAGUCCUACCUCACUGGAAGUCCUUCACCAUCUGGAAUGCAGGCAAGCAGGGGCGUAAGUUAUACCGCAGCCUGACUGCAGCCAGCCGGCACAAGGUAGUGGCCUUCUGUGAUGUUGAUGAGAACAAAAUCAGGAAGGGCUUCUACUGCUACGAAGACUCUCAGGAAAGACCCAAGCCAAAGAUCCCCAUCCUGCAUUUCCAAGCUGCCCAGUCUCCCUUUGUCAUCUGUGUGAAGCUGGACCUCACAGGAGGUGAGUUUGAAGACAACCUGAAGUCGCUGCACUUGCAAGAAGGCCGGGACUUCGUCCAUUUCAGCUGAGGCUGCCGCCUAGACAAGACAUCGAAGCCUGUCUCACACAUGGCCUCGUCAGCUGAUCUCAGCCAGGCUUUCUUCUGCUCCCAAGAGAAAAUGCUGAGCCUAGGAAAGAGGUGUUUGAGACUGGAAUGAAGUGUGAACCAGGCCCGCAGGCCCCUAGAAGUCCCUGCCACCAGGGCAGCAGAGCAAUCCUGCAGACCCAGGCCUGGAAAGUGGCUCCCAGUAGAGGCAGCAGCCUGUGUACUUUCAAGUCUGGCUAUUACACUGAGGGGACACAUACUACCACGACUUGGCUUGAGGCCCUGGCCACUUUACUGUGAGCUGUAACCUUGAAUUCUGCCCAUCCACAACAGCUUAAUGAGCCUCAGGCGUCAGAUACAAAGAGGCAGAGGAGGCAGACAUGGGACUCCCACAGCAGGACAGGUAGGCAUGCAGGCCCUGGGACCAGAGGUGCCAUCCAUAUGCCCACAGGGAUGCUGGCUUCUGAUGAUCUCUUGCUCAGACCAUUGUAGCAUUGUUGGUGACUUGGCUGGCCGAGCAGCCUGUCACUUCAUCUGCUACACCAGGGUGUGAAACGCCCCUCAUGCUACAGGAAUCACACAGCAAAGCACUGAAGGGGAGGGAGCCACAGCAGAUCCUCCAGCUCCUUGUGCACAGACGUCCCAGAGAUAGGCAGAGGCUGUGUGAUACAUGAUUUAAUGAGAAGCACGUCUGUGUGACAGCAAACGUAUGGGCAGUCCCGGCCACCAGAGCAGAGCACGCAUGAGGAAUUACUGCUCUCCGGAGAUGGCCUCCCAAUCCAUCUAGCAGCAGGUGCUACCUUCCUCAGAUGUCUGUGGCACCAAGUUUCCAUGAUGGUAAAGCUUUUUGUGGAGCCUCAGGGCGAGACAUCCCAGCUAGGUAGGCAAGGCUCAGCUUCCUGGAAUAGGCUGUGAAGAGACAUGGCAACAUCAGGCUGGUUGCCACCUCACCCUCUCUUGAUAGAUGGCUAAAGUCUGCCAUGUCCCAGAAUCCUGGCAGCUUGAAUUGUGUAGUAAUAGCUCUGUGGCCUUGUCAGAGUACAUUAAUAAACUGUUCGAAUAUGUUUAAACUUUUCUAACAAUGUAAAGGGCAGAGUUAAACUGAAGUUCACCUUGCAUAAGGGACCAAGACUACACCAUGGCCCCAUCUCUUGUCACCACUCCUAGAGCAACACCUAUGUAUCUCUCAUAUGGCUCCUGCAGGGGGAAGCCCUGGGAAGACUUGGGCACACAGAGAGGAAAAAACAAAACCUCUUACAACAUGACACAGACAUGACAGGAGCUCAGGCACAAAGCUGACAAGAGUAAGUUAAGAAGCUGACCAGCGAGACCAUGCCGGCUAAAUUCCAAGACCUCAGGGUUAGAACAAGCCAGUUUCAGACAGGGCUCUGCAGCUGGAGGUCACAGCCAGGGAUAACGUAAUGUGUCAAGAAAGAGUGCUGGCCCCAGGGUAAUCAGGGACAGAAGAACAGAGCUGUGAAACAAGUUAACAGGGUAGGAAAUGAAAUUCAGAUAAGGAGGAAAGAAACAUUAAACAGGAAGGCCAAAUAGGAAACAAAGAUGAUGGAUGUAAACUUGUCUGUAAUUAUGCAGUAAACAUGAAUUCAUGAAACACUAAUUAAUAAAGAUUUAAAAUGAUAUUAAGGCACAA